AUGUGCACGCCGCUGGGUGGCGCUGUGGGCCGCCGGCGCGCUCUUCCUGGACUGACAACGCCCGUCUGGCCGCGCCUGCGUUAUAGCUCUUUUCCCGGCAUCCUUUGCCCUCUUCAGCGGCCGCUGCCAAUAUGGUAUGUCACACAUCUGAUGAAGCAUAUUCAGAGGGGGCCUGUCAGAGGUAUCUCCAUCAAACUGCAGGAAGAGGAGAGAGAGAGAAGGGAUAACUAUGUCCCUGAGGUUCAGAUUGACCCAUAUCUAGAAGAUUCCAUGUGUCAAGUCUGCAGUGCCCAGCCAGGUCCUUUCUUCUGCAGAGAUCAGGUCUGCUUCAAGUACUUCUGUCGCUCCUGCUGGCACUGGCAACAUUCCAUGGAGGUCCUGCGUCACCACCGCCCACUGAUGCGCAACCAGAAGAACAGAGACUCCAGCUAGAGAGAGGCAGCAGAUGCACCAGGACCUGCCGCAGUUACAGGAGAAAGUUCUUUUGUUAACCUGCCAAGUGGAGAGAGCACGAGCGUUCCUGCCAGUGCCAGACCCAGACUGGGAACGCGCUUCCUGAGGACUAAUGGGGAAAUCUUACAUUCACGUUUGCACUUGCUGGUCUUUAUUUGUUUCUGCACUAAUGCACAGUGAAUUUUGUCGGGUUUUGUUGGGGGUUUUUUUGAGAGGAGAGGGCCCCUCAAACAAUUCUGCAGUUCCCAAACUUUGGUUCCUCGUUUGCUGACAAGAAGCAAAAAGGGCCAUGUUUUGAGAAGGUGUCUAUGCAGAUGCCUUCACCUAGGUUUUUUAUUUAUUAAAGGCGCUUUUUUACAUUCCUUGCAAUACUGAUGGUAAUAAUGCAGGUCUCAUUGGCUCCAUUUUUUUGCAGUUGCCAUACAGUGCCUUUCCAUUCAUUUAACCCUCAUCUGAACGUCAUAAACUGAAUGUUCAGCUGGCGUUUUUUACUGUAACAACAAAGGAGACUUUGCUCUUCAUUUAAGCCAAAUCAUAUUUUACGCUCGAGGGUUUUUACCAGUUCCUUUUUACACUCUUAAAACGGUUUUCAAGUUGUUUGAAACAAGAAUUUUUCUUUCCUGACAGCUUUUAACAUUAUUGCAAUUUGUGUCUGGGGCUGCUGGUUAGAAGACAAGUUUCACAGUUGUGAAUCAAGGGGUUUGCAACAAGAAAAAGACAGGAUUUUUGGAUUUGAAACUGGACCGGAUAAACGAUCUCUGAGCUGCUCUAUAUAGUUUUAAAUAGUUUGUUGCACUUUUUUAAGUUGCACUUAAGGGGGGUUGAUAGAGGUUUUUAAUCACAGUCACAGGACUUAAUUUUCUUUUGUAACUGAGCUAAAAGGGCUGCGUCUUGGUGGGCAGACAAAGGUUCAUAGGAGCCCUUUCUCUUAGAGGGGACAAGUACCUUUCCCUUUGUUUAAGAAAUGUAAAAAGCAACAGUGCAGUCAACUGAAUGCUGCUGGGAUUUGAGAACUUUAUAAUUUAUUUUUUACUUUCCCCUCUAUUGGAAGCUGUGUGCCAAAGAACCAGUAUCAUAUUUUUUUUUCCCUUUUUCCUGCUGAGCUGAUGUUGUAUAUCCCAGCUGCUCUUUGUGGGUUUUUUGUGAAGCUGUGUGUGAAGUCUCUACCUCAUUGUAGUAUAUGCAGGCAAGACUGCACUCUCCUACAGAUGUGUGGAGUAAGCUGUGGUGUAGUUUUUGGCACAUAAUAAACACGUUGCAGCAGUU